AUGCCGCACGCCUUCAAGCCUGGGGACUUGGUGUUCGCCAAGAUGAAGGGCUACCCGCACUGGCCGGCCCGGAUCGAUGACAUUGCCGACGGUGCCGUGAAGCCUCCACCCAACAAAUACCCCAUCUUCUUCUUCGGUACACACGAGACAGCCUUCCUGGGACCCAAGGACCUGUUCCCCUACGACAAGUGUAAAGACAAGUACGGGAAACCCAACAAGAGGAAAGGCUUCAAUGAGGGGCUGUGGGAGAUCCAGAACAACCCGCACGCCAGCUAUAGUGCGCCUCCGCCCGUGAGCUCCUCAGACAGUGAGCCUCCUGACGCGGACCCUGUGGGCAGGAGUGACGUUGGUGAGGAUGGCGAGGAUCGGGGGGUCAUGGCCGUCACUGCUGUGACUGCUGCAACCACCAGCAACAGGAUGGAGAGUGACUCGGACUCAGACAAGAGCAGCGACAACAGCGGCAUGAAGCGGAAGGCCUCGGCUUUGAAGAUGUCGGUGUCGAAACGAGCCCGGAAGGCCUCCAGCGACCUGGACCAAGCCAGUGCAUCACCUUCUGAAGAGGAGAACUCGGAGAGCUCAUCUGAGUCUGAGAAGACCAGUGACCAGGAUUUCACCCCUGAGAAGAAGGCCGUGGCUCGGGCCCCACGCCGUGGCCCUGUUGGAGGAAGGAAGAGAAAGAAGGUGGCCUCGGCCUCCGACUCUGACUCCAGGGCCGACUCGGAUGGGGCCAAGGACGAGCCCAUAGCCGGAGCCAGGGCUGCAUCCCCUUCCUCCUCCUCUUCCUCCUCCUCCGAGUCCGACGUGUCUGUGAAGAAACCUGUGCGAGGCAGAAAGCCAGCCGAGAAGCCCCCUCCGAAGCCCCGCGGGCGGAAGCCGAAGCUGGAGCGGCCCCCGUGCAGCUCGAGCAGUGACAGCGACAGCGACGAAGUGGACCGCAUCAGCGAGUGGAAGCGCCGUGAUGAGGAGCGGCGGCGCGAGCUGGAGGAGAAGCGGCGGCGCGAGCAGCAGGAGGAGCUGCGGCGGCUGCGCGAGCAGGAGAAGGAGGAAAAGGAGCGGCGGCGCGAGCGGGCGGAGCGCGAGGACGCCCCCCGCAGCGGGGCCAGCGACAGCAGCGGCGACGAGCUCCGCGAAGAGGACGAGCCCGUCAAGAAGCGCGGCCGUGGGCGGGGCCGAGGCCGUGGGCCCCCGUCCUCGUCUGACUCGGAGCCUGAGGCUGGGCUGGACAGGGAGGCAAAGAAAUCGGUGAAGAAGUUGCAGCCACAGACCCCUGAGCCCACAAGGAAACCUGGCCAGAAGGAGAAGAGAGGGCGUCUGGAGGAGAGGCCCCGAGCCAAGUCCCUGAAGGUGGAACGAACCCGGAAGAGGUCUGAGGUGUUAGCACCUGACAGGAAGGUGGAGAAGAAGAAGGAACCUUCAGUGGAGGAGAAGCUGCAGAAGCUGCACAGCGAGAUCAAGUUUGCCCUGAAAGUCGACAACCCGGAUGUGAAGCGGUGUCUCAGUGCCCUGGAGGAGCUAGGGACGCUGCAGGUGACCUCUCAGAUCCUCCAGAAGAACACAGAUGUGGUGGCCACGCUGAAGAAGAUCCGCCGCUACAAAGCCAACAAGGAGGUGAUGGAGAAGGCGGCUGAGGUCUACACACGGCUCAAGUCACGGGUGCUGGGUCCUAAGAUCGAGGCCAUCCAGAAAGCCAACCGAAUGGGGGCAGAGAAGGAGAAGGCCGAGGUGGAGCGGGCCGAGGAGGUGCUGGCUGGAGAGGAGGUGCCCAAGGAGAAGGAAGGCCAGCCGGGCACAGACCUCCCCACCCCCGUGAAUGGCGAGGCUGCAUCGCAGAACACGGAGGGCACGGGCGACCGGGAGCAGGAGGAAGCACAGAACUCUGAGGAGGGCCCCCAGGGCGGCUCCCCCGAAGAUCUCCAUGACGACCUGCAGGAGGGGCCCGACCCUGACAGGCCUGGGAGUGACCGGCUGGAGCGUGAGCGGGCUCGGAUGGACUCGGAGUCCCUGGACGAGGAGAGCUGA